AUGUAUGGAAUAAUUCGUUAUAAUAAUGACCACGAUAUAUUUAUUAAAACACAAUUAGAUAAAUCAUUAUUAACGUCAAUUUCCUCGGCAAUAAUUGAUAUGAUUAAUAAGUUUCAUAAUAUGCUAUUUAAAAAUACAUUAGAUGAUGUCAAAAUUAAUGAUUGGCUUUCAAAACAUCAAGAAUUUCGCCAGUUACUCAAUUUAUCAUCAAAUCAAAAUCUGGCUUUUACCAAGGUCCUUGAAAAAUUAUAUGAACUACAAACUUCGGAUGAUAAUUUUGGAUUUCUUAAAAACUUACUCGAAUUAUCAUUCUUAUAUUUCGUUUAUUCUUUCUAUGAUCUUCAAUCCAGAGAAUUUCAUUUGAAGCUAUCUUCGUCACCAUCAAUAGCAAUAACAACUAUGGCAUCCUCAUCAAUUAACUUGCAUCAAAAUUCACCACCUAUUUUAUGUUCAUUAGUAUCAUCGUCACAAACUACUAGUGAUAGUAAUUAG